ACUAAUUGUUUCCCUUCCCCCUUUCUUUACGCUGUCGCCCGACUCACUCGCUGUCACCGCUCUUCUUUCGAUUCUGACGCUGCGCUCAACGGACUCGGCAUACUGUACUGGCUGAGCGCCCAAGACGGCGACGCUGCGAAUGAAAGGACUGCGCAAGUAGAGGCAUGCGUUGCUGAGCCCCUCAUCGCCACACUUUCCCUUCUUCAGCCAGGCGUUUCAUCCGCCUGUCAAGCCCCGUCGCCUGCUCGCCGCGGCGCGCACAGGCAACAAGAGCUCAGCUGGGACUCCACUCGCUUGCGCACCGAUGGCUGCUGCGUCGCCACUUGUCAAGCGGAGCCAGGUCAUCAGGAGGAGUCAUCACAUGGGGGCCGCCAAGGCAGCAGACGUGGCAAAGGCCGCGCGGGUCAAGGCGACAGCCAGCGCCCAGCGGCCACCUACGGAGAUGCAUGUCGAGUCGGGUAACAAAGCAAAGCCGCUCAAGCCGUCGUCAUCGGAUUUGAACCCCGCUGGCGGUCAUGGAAAGACAGAGGCCGCCGGCCAAGGCGACAAGGAUGAAGUGCCACCACAGCAGAGCGACGUUUCUGCUGCUACUACUACUACUACUUCUUCUUCUCCUUCUUCCUCGUCUCCCUCUGUGUCAUCAUCAUCCUUGUCGACGUCAACGUCAGCGCAGGCACCCGCGAGACGGUCAACAACAAGGACAAGAAAGCCCUCGAGCCGGCUUCUGCCUUCGCCCUCGCCGCCUCCCACGCGGCCCUCGUCCUACUACAAUCCAUCAAAGGCCAUGCACGCACGCUCAGCCAGCGUCACUUCGUCCAAGCGCCAAGCUUCAAACGAGCCGACGGCCGCCGAGCGAAUGUCGCCGCAUACACAACCGCAAGCACAAUCGCAACCACAGCCCGCGCGCCUGGAGGCCGCUUCCCCUGCAGAAGACGGCGGUUUUGGUCCAGGCAAGAGAAAGAGAAAACCAAGCACCAUGACCAAACCGCCAGCAACGAUCACAAAAGCUCCUUCGCCCAGUGCUCUCCCAGCUGCCGCUGAAAGGACAAAGUCCCCCUCGCCAUCGACUGCGCCAGCCUCAGCGACCAAGGUGCGCAUCCGUCUGGGUUCCAGGGCCAGCGGCAAUGACGUUUCCCAAAAGCAAGAGGGCAAGCGUGUCAAUUUGGAUGAAAAAGCGCACGAGAAGGACGGAUACGACUCGGAUGGCAAUGCUGAGGGCUCAAAGGCCCUUCUUCUGGCUCUUGCCGAGCCCGACGGCGACCAGGGUAACGAAGACGACUCGGAUGUGGGCCUGCUGAAUUCGAAGCACAACUCACAAGCGAUGGCGAGGAACCAAAAGCAGCGCCUCGGAGCACCGGCAGCCACAGGUCGGGACAUUCAGCGGCACUUUUCGCCAGCCUGGCGUGCCCUAUCACUAUCUUCUGGCUCAGGCUCAACGACCGAACCCCCUCCGCUUCUUUCCCGAGGUGGACUGCAGCAAGAUGGAAAGUCGUUCAGGUCGGGAAUGAAAGCUGGCCUAGCCGCAGGACAAAAAUCCGCCCUUGUCAGCAGCAGCAGCAACAUCAACAUCAGUAGCAGCAACGGUAGCGAUGGAAACAAAAGCAAAGGAAGCCGCAGCGGCAGUACCUUUGUCCCUGCCUUGCGUUUCCACCUCAACACCGCCGAGGACGGGGCCGAUGACGAGAGCUCACUCAGCGACGUGGACGACGAAGACGACGACUUCCACGUUGCCAUGCUCGAUGGAGGAGGCGACUUUGACUUCAAGGUCAAGGAUGAAUUCGACUCAAAGAGCUUCAUUGGCAGCGAUGUCGAGGAUACGCCAGCGACGACGCCUCGCAGCCCACAGUCGACCUGUGACCUUCCCGAGCGUCGGUCUUCGAGCGCCGCAGAGGUUUCUGUCCCGUCGACUAGCGAGGCAAAGGGAACAGAGAGGACGUCGCACAACGAGGACGCCGUCUUUGCCCAUGCGCUCCCUCCUUCCUCGCGCAGGCCUCACACGCACGCCGGCUCUCUGACGCUCUCGCUUCCUUUCAAUGAGGUCGGACACGAGAACACUGUCAACGAGGUCGACGAGCAGGUACUCUCUCCCCCUCCCUCUGCUACUGGGCGCGACUCCUCUUCCGAGGAGGUCGAGGGCCAGGUGCGGGUGAAGCAGGCACCGCAAGCUGCUCCAGGCAUUGCAAUCAAAGUCGACGACGGGGACCGCAGCGCGGCAAAUGCAACACAGGAAGAAGAUGAGGACCUGCUCAGCCCUUCGCAGCAGGACAUCCUCGGCCUCGAAGUGUCGCGUGCCGCCGGGACGCCUCUCAGAAGCCAUCACAACUUCAUGAUGGGUGACCCAAACCCCAGCAGCGCCUUCAACAGCCCUGCUGUCAUUGCGACGAGCGCUCAGUCUCUCCCAACGGCCUCACAGGACCCCGCACCACUCCUGCUCCCUCCCACGUCCAUCUCCUCAACGACUCUGCGGACGACAGCCCGACCUGCCAGCCCCUCAUCCGGCGCACCCCCUGCUCCUGGUGCGGAUGAUGGGAAGGGACAGGAAGAGGGCGACGUCUCGUCAGACGACGACGACGACGACGAUGAUGAUGAUGAUGAUGAAGACGACGAUAUGGACUCUCUAUCUCGGUCUACGGCGCCAUCUGUUCACGAAGCCGAGGAAAACAUGGUUUUGGGACCCCCUGAAAACCUGUGCCUCUCGGAGCUUGAUCGAGCAUGGGAGCAGGACAAGUACUUGAGCGAGGCCCGGCAAGUGGCCAAGCUUGGCGGUCCCUUUAUCGCUGCUGUGCCCGUCGAGGACGAGCACGAGGACAUCCGGAGCGUCGAGGAGAUGAUGGAUCUGGACCGCGUCAGCUUGAAGCGCUCUCUUGUCGAAGAACACCCCGAACCUGAAAUCGUAGACGCCAGCAGUCAAGACCACGACAAUAUGGUAAAGGCCAAGGUCGCUCGAUGCAGUGCCAAGCGAUCGCCCAAGACUUCGACUUCGAAGAAGCAGACGCCUCCUCGCAACCGCGCUGCCGCUUCCGCUGUCGCCAGUCGAAGGAGGUAGCAAGCAUAGCCUCCCGCGACUUUGACCCCCCUCUCUUGUUCUCUUCCCCUCUCCCUCUCUCUCUACAACUCUUCUAAACUUUAAUCUCGAUGAACGGAAUCCAGUCAUACACCACUCAUCUAACACUAUUUACUCUCCUGAUCCGCGGCAAUGUAUCUUAGUUUCCCUUCUCCUUUUAUCCCCCACGUCUCGCCGCUGCGUCGCCUCUCAUACAGUAUCAGUCUACAGUCUUCAUUCUCGUUCUGUCUUUUGCAAAUGUCAAUCACC